AUGGAAAAUAUAAGUCAGGAAAUAUUGAAAAAAAUUUAUAAAGGUUCUCCUUCUAGUAAUAUAUAUGAAAAUUUUGAUAAAAAUGAAGGCAAUUAUAUUGAUGAUUGUAAUGUAAUGGAAUCAUUAAGAGAAAAUGUAAGAAAUAAGUGUAAAGAAAUUUGUAAAAAAAUUGUGAGAAAUAUGAAAUACUUGAGUACGCUAAACACUAAAGAACACACAAAUUAUUGUUUACAUUACAAAUAUUGGUUAUACUAUAAAAUAGAAGAUAUAUUAAGUAGUUCAAAUAAUGUUACUAUUCAUGAGAUAUUGAAUAAAUUUAUUAACGUUCAGUUAUUGAUUGCUCACAAGUAUCACGUAUAUAAUUGUUUCUAUGAUUUAAAUUAUAGUGGUAUGUUAGAAUUAAAGGAACAUAAUGAAAAAAAAUAUUUGCAUGAUUAUUUUGAAAACCAUAAACAUGUAAAAAAAAAUAUUUUGUGUGAUGGUGUUUCUUCAGAUGAUUCAACAAAGUACCUAAACUAUAUUAAAGAACUAUAUGAUAAAUAUAAAAAAGAAGAAAAUUGUUGUGAUUAUGGGACAAAUCACUGUCCAAAUUAUUUUAAUUGUUAUGAAGGAUAUGAUCCCAAUUAUAUAAUAUCCUUAUUGAACCAUGGAAAGGAUGAACACUGUAGUAAAUUGAAUAAUUUGCAUCAUGUAAAAGAUACAUCAUCUCAAAGUGACACAAAUUAUUCAUCACCAGAAAAUAACAAUAUACCUAGAAUUAUGAAAUGCAUUAUAACUCAAGAGAAUAAGAAUGAGGGGAACGCAUAUGCAGCAUGCUAUAAAAUUACAUUGGACAAAGAAAGUUAUGAUGAAAUAUUUAAGGAGCCGGAUACAACGAAUAAGACAUAUUUCAGAGCCAUUAAAUCGCAAGAUGAAGAUACAUUCUUUUCUAACAUUAAAAGGGACGAGAUUAAAUGGAAAUUAGGCAAAGAAACACUCGACUGUUCUAGAUCUAAAUUAAAAGAUAAAUUAGUUUUGUGUAAACUUGCAGAUAAAUUACAUGAUGAUGUAUUCAUUCCAAAACAAGACAUAUAUUAUGGAAGUAAUACAGAAAAUUCAAUAAAAUCAUUCAACAAUUCGUUAGAUAAAUUUAAAAUACUAAAUUCCGCUAUCUUUCGUGGUGGUACAUUAAGUGCUUUAGCUCUUGGAACUAUUAUAGUGUUCACUCUUUACUACAAAUUUACGCCAUUUGGAUACAUUAUAAGUAAAAACGUACUAAGGAAAAGCAAAAUUAAGCAUAAUGAUAGUAGUAACAUUAAAAGAAAUGUUGGAAAAAAAAAAUUCAAAACUAAAAGUGUAGGCUCUACAAAGGUAGGAAUGCGUAUAGCAUAUCAUUCUGAAUAA